UCCACAUGACGUUUUAUUAGGUCCGACCCAAGCUGGCACUCUAGACAAGGAGUGUUAUCAAAACAAGCUGCAGCCUACCUGCAAGAGAACGGUCAUAACAUUGUCUCUAGGAUUUGUUCUCGUACGCCAACUUUAACUUCGUUUCAGUAAGAUGUCACUGAAGAGAUCAUCUGGUCCAUACAGUUACGACGAUGACGAAGAUUACGUUCCCACUAAAAGUGUUAAAUACUCUGAAAGGGAAGAUGUGAUGCCUGUUAAGGAGAAGAAACAUACUCUUGAUUCAGAUGAAGAGGAGGAGGAUGUAGAAGCAGCAGCAGCAGCGGCAGCAGCAGGAGAGGAGAAUGGCAACAAGAAUUAUGACGUAUUAAAAGAUGAAGAUAUAGAAGGUCAAGAAGAUGGAACACUUGAUUUUGAGGGUGAAACCCAGAUUACGCCCUUUAACAUGAAAGAAGAGUUGCAGGAAGGACACUUUGAUGGUGAUGGGUUUUAUCAUUUUAAAAAGGAAUCCGAUAUGAUAAAGGAUGCUUGGUUAGAGGACAUAGAUUGGAUUAAGGUCAAACAGCGUGAAGGUGAUGAAAAAAAGUAUGGCUCUGACAUCGAGUCUGAUUCUGAGAGCGAAAUCUAUGAAGAAAAUGCUGAUGGUAAUAUCAUGCUCUACACAGAAAUGCUUGAGUUUGUAAAAGAAGGAGAAACCAUAGCAAAGGCAUUAAAGAGACUGGGUGGCAACAAAAAAAUGUCCUCUGCACAGAAAUGGAAGUUAAAAAAGAUGGGAAGUUUGGAAAAAGAGAGUGAAGAUCAGAAUAUGGCUGAUUUUUUGAGACUCACAGAACUAGCAAACAAGAUAAUGGAAACUGGAAACAUGGACAUUUAUCAAGAAACAUAUGAAAUGAUUAAUUUUAAAGUACAGAAAGCUAGUGCACCACCAGCUGAGCCAGAGAUGGAUAUGUUUGCAGAGGAAGAAAAAGAUGUGGAUAAAAAGGGUAGUAAGGAAGAGAGCGAGACCAGUAAAGGAAGUGAUGGAAAAAAGGCAUCUACAAAACUAGAUGAGAUUAUGUGGGAACUUCGAUGGAAAAAUGAGGAUACAGAGGAGAUAUAUGGACCAUUCACAAAUGAGAAGAUGAUGCAGUGGCAAGACUCUGGCUAUUUCGAGAAAGGAGCAUAUGUUAGGAAAUCUAAACAAAAUGGACAAUGGUAUUCAACAAGACGUAUUGACUUUGAGCUUUAUGCGUAGCAGUAGUGAUCUCAACCCAAUUUUUCUAUGAUAAGAUGCUGUCUAUAGUGUACUGGGAAAAUUGUUUUCCUUUCUUCUGCAUUAUUUAUAAUACUAUUUAUAGAUUACUUAUAUUUUUGAAAGUUCAAAUAAAAGUCUUUAAAUUCACCAGUUCUCAAGUACUUACAGCAGUGUCUAUUAUUGUACAGUAUUAAGUUAAUUAUAUAUUACAGUGCUAAUUUUUUUUUACAUACUAUAUAUUACAGUACUAAUUUUUUUUUACGUACUUGUGGUCUGUUAAUAAUAUUGACACAUAUGCAAUGAAGUCCAAGUGAAAUUCUGUAUGACAGACUGCAUAACCACUAUGGUGAUACUCUUGUAUAGGACAGUGGUUGUUGGAAGGUCUGUCUCAUGCAGUCAUAACCUUAAGUAGGCUGUAAAUCCAAGAGGUUGUGUCUUAUACAAAUGCAUUAGGAAGUCUAAGUUAAAAUGGAUAUAAAAUUUUGUGGCCUGCAUGUGGUCUUUGUUAGAGAAGCAAUGCCUUAAUUCUCUCUUAACCUAUAAGGAAUGGUUAUUGUACUUGGAUUUAAUAUUAAUUCAGUGAUAACUACUAACUUUUUGCAUUGGUGGAAAAAAUAUUAAUGGAGAUGUAAGCAGAACACUGUGUUCAUUAUUUACGAGAAAAAAAAAAUCACGUAGGUUACAAAUUUCAUCCAUAUUUUAGAAUUCAUAGAGGCAAGUUUUGCAGUAUAUAGUAAACUCAAGUGUAAAAGUAGUUAUGUAGUAUGUAGUAAAAAAAAUUUCAUGAUACUAGUAAAGUUCAGUUGGUAUGAAUAGAUAUGUUGCUCUCAUUUCCAUUUACAUUGGAUCUUGACAUUUAAUGUAGAUGCUAAGAUUAAAUAGAUGUAGGAUUUACAGUAUAAUGGCUGUAGAUUAUUUCAGAUGUAUGUUGAUCAUCAUUAAAUAAAAUACCAGCUGUGUAUUAUUGUUUUGUCAUUAAAUGGUGAAAUGACAAAAGUAGGUUUCAUUUCGGUAUUGCUGAAAUCUACACAUUUUUAGUAAUUAAUGCUUGUUAGCAUUGGUUAAUAUUUACCCUUUGAAAAGCACUGGAGUCUUCUCCAUUUAUGAAUGCAUAGACACUAAAUGUUCAAUAAAUGUACUCUCCAUGGUCUCAUGUUCCAUGUUUUAUCAGUGUAUUUUAAAUUAUAUCUUUUGCAAGGUUAAAUAAUUGCUUGUAAUUAUUCUUGCAAGCACAAUCUGAAACAUAUCACUUUUUUUUUUCAACAAAGUAUGGCAAUUUAGGGAAGGUUUGUUAUUUGUAUUCAGUUUAAUUGUACAGUAACGUUUGGAGGACUGAAAUAUAAAGGGAUGUGCCAAGCAUACUCUUAUAGGACCUAAUUAUUUUUCAGGGCUGUGAAAGAUAUUUUUCUCUCUUCAUGUAUGCCUAGUAGUGAUACACUCAAGCAUCAUUAGUUUUUAAUGUAUCGAAAUACAAUGUAGUAUUUCUGCAGCAAAAAUGUUUGAGUCAAGAGUAUCUUUUUAUUAUCUUUAGUAAAUAUUAAAUUUAUUUAAUUAAAGACAAAACUACUA